AUGUUUUACACCAGCCACCACCGAGUGGCUGCCACGACUAUACUUACCUGGGACGCCAGCACAUCUUCCAUUCCUAUGCUCCCGAAGAGUGCGGCCCGCACGUGGGCCGACGGGGGCGGCGGGGCGGGGCCGGCGCUUCCGGGGCCCUGGGCGGGGCGCGGGGCCACCACGAGGCCGGAGCCCGAGGCCGGAGCCCAAAGCUGCAGCCUGAGCCCGGAGCCCAAAGGUGGAGCCCGAGGCCGGAGCCCGGAGGCGGAGCCCGGAGGUGGAGCCCGAGGCCGGAGCCCGGAGGUGGAGCCCGAGGCGGAGCCCGAGGCGGAGCCCGGAGGUGGAGCCCGAGGCCGGAGCCCGGAGGUGGAGCCCAGAGGUGGAGCCCGAGGCCGGAGCCCGAGGCCGGAGCCCGGAGGCCGGAGCCCGAGGCCGGAGCCCGGAGGUGGAGCCCGAGGCCGGAGCCCGGAGGUGGAGCCCGGAGGUGGAGCCCGAGACCGGAGCCCGAGGUGGAGCCGGAGGCGGAGCCCGGAGGUGGAGCCCGAGGCCGGAGCCCGAGGCCGGAGCCCGGAGGUGGAGCCCGGAGGUGGAGCCCGAGGCCGGAGCCCGGAGGUGGAGCCCGAGGCCGGAGCCCGGAGGCGGAGCCCGGGGUCCGUCAGGCGGUGGAAGCCCCUCCCCGCCGGGCCUCUGCCUCCAGUCCUUCAAGCCGCUCGUUUACAAGCUCCGCUCGCAGAGCUCCGCCCGCGGCUGCGCGGAGGCGGUGGGAGCGCCCGACCCCGCGGGGAGCUCCCGGGCCGCCCCCCGCACCCCCGCCCCGGGCGCCGCCUGUGGCCUUCCGCGGUCGGUCUCCGCCAAGCCCGAGGUCAGCGGCGAGGACCCGCAGCCCCGCACCCUCGCACCCCCGCACCCCGCGGGGAGAGCACCGCGGCCGUCCGCACCCCCGGGGUCCCCGUCCCCCUGGAGCAGCUGUUAGGGCCCCGGCUCCACGGCCGGGGUAACCCAGAGGCCAGAGAGGUCGAGGAAUUCGCCCGGGGUCACACAGCUGGCAGGCAGCCCGAGGCGGGAUUCGAACCCAGGCAGGCGCCCCAAGACCCCGCCUGCGUCUGGGGCGCGGGCCACGCUAGCCGGCGGCGUCUCCAGCAGGGCCCCGAGGGUCGGCGGGCGCGACGCCUGGAACACGGGCCCUGCCGGGGCUCCCCGGGCCGCGGGGUGAUGGCCCGCUCCCAUGGUCGUGGGGGAGCACGGAGGCCAGCGGGACCCCAAGAGGGCACUUUGCUGAGUGGUCGGCCGGCAGUCAGCCCCCAAGUAGAAGCAGCGUUUGGUCACUUCCCCGAACCUUCACCUGCUCGCUGGAAACCAGGUCCUAACAACACCUAA